GGUCGAACACGAUAUUCUACUCCGCAUUAGUUGACUGUAUGGAAGCGAAGGUUCUUAACGGAUCAACUAACACUGAAUUCGUUUGACUGUAAAUCAAGCAAACAGCUCCAAAUUUGCAGGACUAUGUGGCGCGGGCGGCCGCAUGCCUAUAUGUUCCUGUAACUUUGGAACUAAGAGAACGGCAUUGCCAACUCUUCAUUUGUGUUCACUUGUAAUACGAUGGUUAGAGUCUGCUGCAAAUCAAGACUCUCAAAACAUUACUCGGGAGGAAAGUGCUCAGUUGCCUGCAACGAGCCAAGGAUAUGUUCUGCCUGAAGGAAAAAUCAUGCCAAAUACCAUUUUUGUGGGUGGAAUAGAUAUAAGGAUGGAUGAGACAGAAAUUAAAACCUUCUUUGCAAGAUAUGGCACUGUUAAAGAAGUUAAAAUAAUUACGGAUAGAACGGGUGUGUCCAAAGGAUACGGAUUUGUGUCAUUUUUGGACAACGUUGAUGUACAGAAAAUAGUAGAAUCACAAAUAAACUUUCAUGGGAAGAAACUCAAACUAGGACCUGCAAUAAGAAAACACCCAAACUUAUGUACUUAUCAUGUGCCACCCAGACCGGUGCUGAUUAAUUCACCUACGCCUCAGUUCCACAGCGUUUGGAGUAACCAAGAGACAUAUAUGCAGCCUCCAGCUGUAAUGAGCCCUGUCACGCAAUAUGUUCAGGCAUAUCCUUAUGGUUCUCCAGCUUUAUUAAUUCAACAGCAAGUUCCUGUUGGAUAUCAAGCAACUUACAAUUAUCAGGUCCCACCACAAUGGCCACCUGGAGAGCCCAGAAAUUACAUUGUGCCUCCGGCUUACACCACAGUGAACUAUGGAUGUGAAAUGGAUGCAGGAACAGAUCAGGCAGAGUGUUCUAUGGCUGAGACUGCACAAUCCAGUGCAAACAGUCCACAAAAGAAAUCUGUGGACCGAAGCAUACAGACAGUAGUGUCAUGUCUAUGUAAUCCAGACAACCGGUUGAGGAACAAUAUUGUAACUCAAGAGGACUAUCUUAAGGAGAAGAGGGCACAUCAUUUUAGAAGAAGCAGAGCUGUACUUAAAACUGUUUGAUUUAAUGACACUGACUUAGAAGACCAGAAAUGCUUCAUGUUUUGUGUUAAAAAAGAGAAAAUAUAGCUAGCAGAAUGUACUUGACAAUUAUGUAGCCUUAUUGGCAAAUGUCAUUUCAAGUUGGAGUUUGUUUGAAGUUUGUAUGUUAUCUAUUUCUAGACGGUUUUUGAGUUCUGUAUGUUACCUAUUUCUAGACUUGUUUGAAUUCUGUAUGUUAUCUAUUCUAGAACUGUUUAUAUGUUUUACCUAGUCUAGAUGUUUAAAUAUUGUAAUUUCUAACUAGAAAAGGUCUAAUAGUUUUGAGUUCAGUUUUAAGAAAUAUUUAAAGUUUUGCUUAGCUUUAAAGUAUAUUUCUGCAUGUUUCUGCAUGUUGGCAGUUUUCUAACAUUUUAACUUGUACCUUCAGUACUUUUACUUACUCCCAGCUCACACGUAAAAAAUCAAAGUGUUUUUUUGCCAGAGGUAUUUUUAAAACUGUACUUGAAUCAGGUAAAGAGACAGACAUCCAGUUGCAACUCAAUUAGUGCCUUAAGUAUAUAGUCAGUACAGUGUUGCCUUAAAAAUUCAAUCAGUGGGGACUUCAUUCACUAGCUGUGUGUGCUGCUUAGUUUUAUCAGUUUGAGAACUGAUAAUUAAAAGUGUACUCAAGAAUAUAACUAACGGUAUUAAUUAUACUUGGUGAGUUACACUUUUUUUUAUACUGGGCCAUCUUGGCUAAUAACCAUACCUUAAAAUUGUGGAAAGAAUGAGUACUACAAUGUGAUCUUGUGAUUUUUAAAACUGGUCACCAACUUUAAAUCAAAGAAUUUCUAAAACCGUUUAAUUAUGUAGAAUUUAGUUUUGUAUCAGUAGAAUUCCACAAAAUAAACUCUUUGAGGUGGA